AUGGGUGACAAGACCAGUCCAAGACGUUUCGAGCCAAGAGGUGUCGCCAAGCAUAUCCCCAAAGAUGGUACCAACGCCCCCCAAGAUAUACAGUAUGUCGAUUUCUUUGAUAAUCCCCAUGGAGUUCGCCAAGGUGCUAUCAACUCUGCUCUCGCCGCAGGGUCGGUUUUCGGCUCCAUCAUAGCUGGUCCCAUGUCAGACUGGAUCGGCCGCAGGGAUUCUAUCAUGUUUGCCUGUCUGUGGUGGUUAGUUGGUACUGCUAUCCAGGCUGGUGUGUCCGGCUUUGAAACGCUGAUGGCUGGCGUAAUGGCUGCCUGCCACUUCGUCGUCGGCGGAGUCCUGUCUUCGAGAACAUACGUCCCAGAAGGCGUAGGCGGCAACCUGAAUGUUCUAAUCCAGGUGACAGGAUCCAAGGCCCACACCGUGAUUGCAUUCUCCUACCUCCUGAUCAUCUUUCAUGCCCUGACCCUGGCGCCCGUUGCCUGGGUCUACGCAGCGGAAGUCUGGUCCUUAGUGACUCGUGCAUCGGGAAUGGUGAGCUUCUUCCUCGUCGACUCAUUUCGAGACUCCACUGAUAUGCUGAAUUGCGUAGUCUAUCGCUGCUGCCGGCAACUGGCUGUUCAACUUCGCCCUCGGCCUUCUCGUGCCCCCUGGCUUCGCCAACAUCACAUGAAGACUGUUCAUCGUAUUCGGCGUCCUCUGCAUCGAGCCGCGAGCCAGGUGUUCUUUACCUACCCGGAGACCUGUGGCAAGACCCUCGAAGAAGUGGAGGAGAUGUUUAGCAAGAACGGACCAAAGCCAUGGCAUACCAAGCCCGACCACUCGAUGCUGGACCACCCGAUCGAAGAGGCUCGCGAAAAGGGUCUGCACGUCAAGGAUGUUGGCAUCAAGGCCGAGACGGUGGAGAAUGUCGAAAAGACAAAGGCCGCGGAGGCGGAUGUCUAG